CCGGUUAAAGAUGGCUGCUGCAGUGAUUCUUCUAGUCUUCUGUCUCUCUCUACAAAGUGUCUACGGCGUUGGGGAUGCACGCCGGCCAGGGAAGUUUUACUGGCCUCGUGGUAUCCCUCGUGGAAACCCGUUGUGGAAACGUUUCUGGGACCGUUUCCACCCAAAACAACAGGUAACCACGGUUCCAACGACUACAACAACAUCCCAACCGACUACAACAACAUCCCAACCGACUACGUCGACGGCAACCAAGACCACACCGCCGCCCCCGGGGCCGCAACCCCAAUGGCCGCCCCCGAAUUUUCUAGUCCAUGGCAGUUCGGCGUACAGUAUUGAUCUUUGCGAGACCAAGGAGUACAUCAACUCGCUCUCGUGCAAGCUGGAGCGCGAAUAUCCAGAUAUUCAAGAGGGUCUGCUCACCACGUUCGGGUAUGUAUUUCCGGACGGUGGGGGCGCGGUGGUUACGCCAAUUUCCUCCAAUCCUUGCGGGUACUCCGCCACCAUGGUGUCGCCGAUCCACGCCGUCACGGUCAGCGGGGAGACGGUGGAACUUUGGGUGGGAAUACAGAGAGGAGUCGUCAGGCAGCAGGAGUUCCUGGAGGUGAAGUGCACCAGUUCGACCCCUGUUUACCACCGGGGCUGCGGCGGCAGGUGUGUGGAGGAGAGCACGUGGAACAAGGCCGUCGUGGUCAGGUCGGGCGACCCACCCAAGGUUGGUUGGGAUAGGAUCCUUGUCAACACAAGCUGCAGCUGUCACGUGCCAAAUCCAUGGGAUUUCUGACAAGGAUCAUAUCCCAAAGUCACUUGAGACAAAGUCGAAUCGCGAGGCCUCUGAGACCGAAGAGAUGAAUCCUGCUGAUGAGCCCUGAAGACACACGGGAACUCAUGGCGUUGGUGUGGCGCACAGUUACACAGUAGGACGAAGGCCUCGGACUUGUUAAGAAAGUGCCAUGCUUUGUAAACAAGUGUCACA